AACCUUUCUCAAAAUGGGAUGCCUGGUACUGGCUAAAGACCUGCUUCACUGCUGUGGGCUUUGGGCUGUCUUGUUUCACCAGAUGUGCUGUUACCAGAGGCACAUUACCUAUCUGCUUUUUUUCUUUUUCUGGAUGGAAAAAUUUCCAGCUCUUUUUUUUGCUCCUGAAAACUUAGCCACUUGUGCUGGCUGUCCUUCCUGUAUGGAAGAGCUUCCAACCAUCUUGGUUUUGCUCAAAGCAGCUCCCUGCAACCAAACACAACUCACUCUCAUCCAGAUCUGAUUUCACCAUCAUAGCUUUCAAAAAACAGCAAGAAAAAAGGGCAAUCUGUUCGUGCAGACACUAACAGCAGGAGAAUUUGGCCCAAGACAUGAACUGUGGGUGGGUGCUACAGCAAAAUGAAGCCAAAACGCAGCAAAAAAGCUAAAUACUGUAGGUAGCCCUCAUUUCAGAAUUCAUUUAUGUAUGACGACAGACAGGACCAGUGGGUCAGAGGAAGUGGUCCGUAUGCUUAGUUCAGUAUGUGAUACGUUUAUGAGCAUGUGUCUGUGCAUCUAUGACCUAUAUUUGGAUAUAGAGUCUAUAAAAAGCCUUGGUACAAACAACCUCCCGCAGGAGUCAGAUCCCCUGUCCUUGUUGUUGCUGCCUGCUUCAGGAGAAAGAAUCAAGCCCACUCCAGCUUUUAUUUCUUCUCUUCGUGCUUUUCAGGAAGAUGGCUAAAGCCAGCAUUUCCCUGCGCUCCCUGAACGAGACGUUAAACAGAGUAGAAACCAAGCUGCAAACCUUGGAGGCUCUCUUCACAGACCUGGACUCAAGCUUGCACACACUGGUGCAGAAGUUUGAUCUGCAGGCCGAGAUGAUGGAGAAAGAGCUGAGCCAGGAUGCCCUGUGGAUACCAGAGGGGAGGCCCGACUCGGAGGAGGAGCGAACGACAGCGCGGCGGGAGAGGCCUGCCAGCGCGGGCCGGGGCGGAGCGGGCGGCGGGCUGGCGGGCAGCGCUACGGCGGCGGCCAUUGCAGGAGGCCGCGGCCCUGCCUGCCGCCGCGCCCCCUCCGGGGAGCCGCAGCUCGGUGGGUGCUGACUCCUUGCCGUGACCGCUCAGGGACCGGGGUGUGCGGGGGAUGAGAGGCAGCCGCCGGCGGGGAGAGCCAGCCUCGUCCGUAGCUGUGCGGCGGCGUACCUGUGUGCCAGGCCGCGGCUGUGGUAUGCGGGGCUGCUCCGCCGCCCUGCCUCCGUCGCUGGGUAUCCAAGGCCUUCUCCGAGCGUCCAGUGUUCUGUCUGCGUACUAAUCGAGCUGAGCCCAGAGCAGGUACUGAUGUUGUACUAGUCUUGUUCCCCUACAUCAAGCCAGUAUGUCGAAGAAAUCAGGGGCUCUGCUUUCCUUGUCUGACUGCCUCUGCCCAAUCUGCAUGGAGAUCUUUGUAGAGCCUGUGACGCUGCCAUGCAACCAUACCCUCUGUAACUCCUGUUUCCAGCUCACAGUUGAAAAAGCCAGUCUUUGUUGCCCUUUUUGCCGGCGUCGAGUCUCUUCUUGGGCCCGAUAUAAUGCCCGCAGAAAUACUCUUGUCAAUUGGGAGCUCUGGGAAAAGAUUCAGAAGCAUUACCCGAAGGAGUGUGAGCGUAGGAUUAAUGGACAGGAUUUGGAAGAGGAAAUCUGUGUCCCCCAUCCGCAGCACCAGCUGAGCAAGCCUGGGGAGCUGAGGCAGGAAUAUGAAGCAGAGAUUAUCAAGGUGGAGGCAGAAAGGCGAGCACAUGAGCAAGAGGUGAACAAAGCAAGUGAGGAAUACAUUCAGCGCCUUCUGGCAGAGGAGGAGGAGGAACAGAGAUUGGCAGAAGAGAGGCGAAGGGAGAUGGAGAAACAACUGAAGCAAGAUGAAGAGUUGGCCUGGCGGCUGAGUAACAGUCUGAAUGAUGAUUCCAAAGGACAUGGGCUCAGCAGUCCUGCACGAGCAGGUAGUGUCUCACUUGAAACAUCCCCAGCUAAUUUGUGCAAGACGAAGAGCAAACCAAGCAACUCUGAAGACAUUCAGAAGUACCUGUCUCCAAAGCUUCAUCAUACAUUGGGAUCAGCAUCAUUCUCUAGAACAAGAGGAAGAGGCAGGAGUGGCUCUGGCUCUGCGGAGACCAAUGGCAAUGAAGGCAGGAGUUCAGCGUGGCAAGAUGAGCAAGAGGAAAUGCCAACAUUGUCUCCACAGCUGACCAGUGUCAAUAAAGAUUCCAGUGCUAUGGAUUCAUUUUUGGAAUCGUGCAUGAACUAUUUCAGUACCUCGGCUUCAGGAGAAAUUACUGCUGUCAAGCAGGAAGAAACAUCAGGAACAAAUUGUGUAGAAGAAAUUCCAGAUGCAUUGCAUGGAAUCACAAAAAGGGAAGGCUCUGGAACAGUUCUUAGAUCUAAAGGAGAAGAUGAUGGAGGUGAGUCAGACAGUGGCAGUUUAACACACGUAGAAAGCAUAAACCUUAAAAAUUCUGCUGGAGCUCAUACCUGUAUUCAGUCAGCAGCAAAUUCUGUAGUGUCUGACAGCACAAGUGUGGUAUGUGACUUUAUGAAGGUGGCUAGACACUCGGAUGAAGAGAAGCCAGAGAGCCUGCAGAACACUAAGAAGACUCCAAAAAGAAAGUUGUUGGAGCCACCAGCUGAAGAAGUGGUUGACUUUUGUGUGCUUGAUAAGAGGAGAAGAACUUUUCCGGAAAGUUUGGAGGAGGAAGGGAAGCAGAUAAAUGAUUUUAACUUGCAAAUGCAGAAAGCCUUUGAACAGGAGAUCUAUGAAAGACGAAUGCAAGAGGAACAGGACAGGCUUCUGGCUCUGCAGCUGCAAAAACAGAUUAACAAGGAGGAAAGGACGCUUAAUCGACAAAAGGGCUCUCCAGAUCAGUAUCUGCUUCGCACCAAACCACCUCAGUUGGGGAAAGACUCUCCUGCUAGAAAGGGAAGUCCUAAGGUGGCAAAAGACUCAAAGGUAUCAAAAAAACAGGCUGAAACAAAUCACCGCAAAACUCGCAGAGGUUCUUGCAAUGAAAAUUGGCAGUCACCUGCCAGAGUCCGGAUGAAAUCACCCAGCAUCAAGGGAGGAAAGGUGCUGAACUGUGUGGUUAAUACCAGUGAUGCAAAUGAUAUUUGUUCACUACCUAAGAAUAAGCAAAAGACGAUCCUUCAGAUGUUUAAAAGCCCUGUUGCAGAGUAGAUCAGCAGAACCACAGACACGUGGUGGAAUGAGAAUUAAAGCUGUGGUAAUGCUUUCUCCUGUGUUGGGCAAAGCUUCCUGCGAACAGUUGUAAAAUUGUUGGUUUGGGGGGGGAUCACUUUAGGCCACAGAGAGCUCUGUAUUUUGAGGAGUUUUAAUAAUGUACACCCCCAGUCUUUAAAAAAAUGUAAUUGUUCUUUUCUUGACUGCAGCUUAUUUUCUAGCAGUUACAUUUACAUAAUUUUGAAUGCGAAUACUGUUAGUGUUUAAAAACAAAAAUAACUGAUGGUCUGAUCUUAAAAUGAGAGUUUGGAGCCUUUUGUGGGAAGGACGCAUGUUCCACAGAGGUUAAGCUAAAGCUAAAAAAUUAGUCUGUAUUUCCAGUUGUCUGCCAGCUGCAAGGUUGAAGCUUCACUCAACACAACCACUGGUCUGUUUAAUUGAAGCAUGUUACUGGAAUUUAGGCUGUUUGUUGAAUGGCAUUGUUCACACAACAGGUAACAAGAGUGUAACUGCACAGCUGGUCUUGCAGGUACAGUUUUCAUACACUUUCUUAGAGAAA